CUCGUCUGCAUUCAUGAUCUGACCUCCCAGUGCAUCCGCGGCCAUCGCUCAAGCGCCUGUACACACGCAGAUCGGCCCCUCUUUGAAAUCCGGCGCAAGGGCCGUCCCAUCUCUCAAUGCCCUCAUUGUCGUGAUUUGAGGAAGAUCAAGUCAUCGCAUACUAAAUGCGCUUGU